GGUUUAGCAUGGAGUUUGUCCAAGCAUUAUCAUUACUCUCUUCACUCACUGGAAGACACCUUUCUCAUGGCCAGCAAAAUUGACCAGGACGGUCCGGAACAGGUCGAGGAUGUCGAGCUUAAGCCGGCACCUAGCAAUGCCAGAGCUCAUCUCGUCCCUCGCCCAUCCGAGGAUGAGGGUGAUCCGCUGAACUGGCCCAUGAAGCUUAAGCUGCUGAUCCUGUUCCAAGUCUGCUGGCUUGCGUUUCUUGGGACGUGGAAUACGGCGGCAAUCAACCCAUCAUAUGUUUACCUCGCUGAAGAUCUUGGGGUUUCAGAAAUCCAAGCUUCCUACCAAACGACAAUUGCUGUGGCCCUAAAUGGCGUGGGACCUUUCAUCUGGAUCCCCUUGGCUAAUGUCUUCGGCCGCCGCUUCGUCUAUCUGCUUACCACGUUUAUUGGAUUCGUCACUGCUCUUGGCUGCGGCUUUGUCCACAGCUUUGGCGCCCUGGUUGGUAUUCGUGCGAUCAAUGGUCUGUUCCCAGUGUCAAUGGCUCUUGGCCCAGCAACCGUGACCGAUCUAUUCUUCUACCACCAGCGUGGUCGUGCCCUUGGCCUGUUCACCGUCAUGCUAACAUCCGGCUCCCAUUUCGCUGCCCUAUUCGGUGGACCUGUUGCCAAAUUUCUCAGUUGGCGCUGGAUCUUUUGGAUUACUGCUGCCAUGAAUUUUGUCACUCUGCUCGUCCUGAUCGUUGCUUUACCUGAGACCAUGUACUACGAGCCUAGAACUUAUUCAGACACCAGCACCCAUCCACCUAAGCUCACAAGGGCCAAGUAUCGACAGCUGCUCCGGCCAUGGACCACUUUCCCUGGUGUUCGUCUCAAGGCCAAGCAUAUUGUCUUACCAGCCUUCCGAAUUGGUCUCUAUCCUUCAGUGCUCUUUCCCAGUUUGUACUAUGCCUCCCAGUACUGCUUCGCCGCCAUUUUCCCUGCCGUCACCUACUCUAUUAUUUUCAAGCAGCGCUUUGGCUGGAACUCUUUCCAGAGCGGUCUGGCUUAUGGAGGAACGAUGACUAUCGGCUCUAUUGCUGGGGAGCUCCUUGCGGGUAGGAUCAUUGACAACAUCGUUCGACGCGAGGCGAAGCGACUAGGUGUUGAUAACCCACCUCCAGAAGUACGAUUCAAAGGACUAUGGACAGGAGCAGUCCUUGUGCCGGCGGGAUUGCUGAUUUUCGGCUUCACUAUGCAAUACAAGACGCAUUGGGUUGGUCCUCUAGCGGGCAUGUUCCUCGGAAUCUUUGGGAUCCAGGUAGUUGCGACGGUCUGUUACACAUAUAGCAUUGAUUCGUAUCGCUUAGAGGGCUCCGAGGUUGCCCAAUUCUUCAACUUCUGUCGUCAGAGUACUAGUUGCACUAUUGCAUUCUAUGGAGUCCGACUAUGCCAGUCUAUCGGGUAUCAAUUUGCCUUCCUCAUGUUUGCCCUUGUGGGCAGUGUCCUUGCAUUUGCUCCGGUGCUGUGGCUUAUGUGGAAGGGUCAAUAUAUUCGGGAGAAACUAGGCAGGCCGACUGAUGUAAGUGUGGCGGAGGAAAUCAUCUCGGAUUACAAUGUAGUCCAUCGCAAUCGCACCAGAGAGUAGAUGAUAUAGCAAAAUAAAAUAAAAAUGAGACUGUCGUCUGCCUCAAUGUCCUAGACAUACAAAGGCGUACAAGACGGUGGUCGCUUCGCUAUUAUUAACAUUGAAAGGUACGCGCAUUUAAAAUAGACUCACAAUGCUGCAAAUUCGUGGAGCGCACCGACGAUAAAAUUGACUGUCGUAUUCCAUUAAAACAAUCUCCAAGUUGAACUUCUCGUCUUCGGUGU